UGGGCGGCCGCUGCCCGGCGCCGGGACUGCGUGGCUGCAGGCGGACACCCGCUUGGCCUCUGAGUCGGGAUCUGCAGCGGUGGACGGAACGGGCUCGGGGUGAAGGCGGGGCCCUGGCUGUCAGGUGUGGUUUGUCCGGCAGACGGGACAGCCUUGGCUAGAAGAUGCUGCAGAGCGUUGUCAAGAGCGUGUGGACACCCAUGAGGCCCUACUACACGCAGGUCUACCAGGAGAUCUGGAUGGGCAUGGGGCUCAUGAGCUUCAUCGUGUACAAGAUCCGGAGCGCCGAUAAAAGAAGCAAAGCGAUGAAAGGUUCCGGCGCCGCCCACGGCCGUCACUAGCCAGCUGUGCUGGGAGUGUGCGAGGACGCGUCCACCCGCUGCGGCCGCCGCAGCUCGCCCGCGCCCCGGCUGCCCUGCGGCAUGAAUAAAGCGUCUGUGAGCUGCG